AUACGUUGGGAGGGAGAGAGAUAAGUUUUGAAAUGCGAAGUACACUCGGUGUGUCUGUUGCUGCUGCUGGGGGAGAUGUGCUGUGAGCCGUCUAAGACAUACCAGCUAAAAAUAUCUGCCUGUGUUCAAGAUUUCUGUGCGCCAUGAAAAAGCAAUUAUUUUUCUGAAACAUCCCUGAUUUUGUACAUAAAACAAAUGUUUAAACCAGUGGAUUCCAUGAAAAAUCGUCUGAAGAUGCAUACAGCCCCUCGAUUAAGGAAUGUAGAGGUUGCAAGAGGAAGGGCAGGAUAUGGCUUUACUCUUUCAGGACAAGCUCCUUGUGUUAUAAGUAGUGUUAUCAAAGAAAGCCCAGCUGAAUUUGUGGGGCUUAAAUCUGGGGACCAAAUAUAUGUUGUGAAUGAAAUCAAUGUUAAGAAAGCAUCUCAUGAAGAUGUUGUCAAGCUGAUUGGAAAAUGCUCUGGUGUGCUCCACAUGGUCAUUGCUGAAGGAUACCGCCCAGCAGACCCUUGUUCUAGUGAUGAGGAAAUUGCUUUCUAUGAAGGACGAACAUGCUUAAAGCCAAGACCAGAUUCAAAAGCCCUAGGUAUAAACAGAGCUGAGAGAGUUGUUGAAGAAAUGCAAUCUGGAGGGAUAUUAAACAUGCUCUUUGAAAACCCAGGUGUUUGCACUAAUAAAAAAGAUAAUUAUACCCCAAAACACAGGUCUAGAUCUAUGUCAACUUCUCAAUAUGAAAUUAGGAAGGGAGGUUUGAGAAACAGCACAGACUUGCUUUCAAAAGAAGAAAUAUCAAGGGUACUAAGUAAUGACUGUGUCUUUACCAAUGGGCCAGAAAACCUAGAUGAUUUUGAGUUGGAUGCAAGUAUCCUAAAUGUUGGCAUGAUAGUUGGAUACCUUGGCUCUAUUGAACUUCCAUCUACAAGUUCCAAUCUUGAAUAUGACAGCUUGCAGGCCAUUCGUGGGUGCAUGAGACGGCUGAGAGCAGAGCAAAAAAUACAUUCACUGGUAAUGAUGAAGGUCAUGCAUGAUAGUAUUCAGCUCUGUACUGAUAAAGCUGGUAUAAUAGCAGUAUAUCCUGCGGAUAAAUUGGCAUUCAGUGCAGUAUGCCCUGAUGACCGUCGUUUUUUUGGACUUGUUACUAUGCAAAGUGGGGACGAUCAAAGCUUGGCACAAAAUGAAGAAGGGAUAUUAAGGACAUCUUGUCAUGUGUUCAUGGUAGAUCCUGAACUUUUCCAUCAUAAAAUACAUCAAGGUAUUACCAGGAGAUUCCGAUUUGAAUGUACCCCAGAUCCAGAUACUAAUGGUUGUCUGGAGUUCCCACCAUCUUCUUUGCCUGUAUUGCAAUUUGUCUCUGUCCUUUAUAGAGAUAUGGGGGAGCUAAUUGAAGGGAUGAGAGCAAGAGCGUUUCUUGAUAACGAUGGAGAGGCCCAUCACAACAACAGUACAAGUAGUAACAGUGAUAGUGGCAUUGGCAAUUUUAACCAUGAAGAAAAAAGUAACAGAGUGUUGGUUGUAGAUUUAGGAACACCACAAAGCAAGCACAUCCCUCAUGGAGUGUGGGAGAAUCCUGUAGGAAGAGUGCAGAGCCAGUCUGUUCCUCAUUGGAAUGGUUAUUACAAUGAAGAAGAAGCACAUUUUGCAUUGCAAGGUGUUCAGGCAGACAAAGUGCAAAAUUUUAAAAAGCAUUUAGGUCCUUCUGCACGUAUUGAAGUUCCGAUAACAUCAAAAAGAAGUUCAGUCCCCCCAUCAAAAAAAUCCAGCACUCUGGAUGUUGGAGGGCAAAAAUGGCUGCCGGUUCAUGUCAUACGGGACUGGCAACAAGGGAAUGCAAGUGAUCAGGAGUCAUAUGCAGAUUCCACUGAUGGCUGGUCCAGUGUUAAUUGCGGUACUCUCCCUCCUCCAAUGAGCAAAAUCCCAGCUGACCGAUACCGGGUGGAAGGUAACUUUGUGCCACCUUCACUUCCUACUCGCAAAGAUGACUGGUCUAAAAAAGUGUUUGAAGUACAAAAUGUUUUUGGAGCUCAACACAACUUAAGGAAGGCAAAAGAGGAUAGAAAGAGCUUAAAAUUUGCCCAUCAGAGUGGGAUGGUCCAGACACAUCAACGCUCCUCUGCUCGAAGAUCGUUUGGGAGAUCAAAGCGGUUUAGCAUCACUCGCUCUCUGGAUGAUCUAGAGGCUGCAACUGUCUCUGAUGGAGAAUUAAAUAGCACAGAUUUGAAAGGAUGCAUCAGUGAGAACAGCUUGAGCAGCAAUGCGAGCCUGCCCAGUGUCCAGAGCUGCCGCAGGCUGGGAGAGCGCAGAGUCGCCAGCUGGGCUGUGUCUUUUGAGAGACUUCUACAGGAUCCUGUCGGUGUCAGAUACUUCACGGAGUUUUUAAAGAAAGAAUUUAGUGAAGAAAAUAUAUUGUUCUGGCAGUCGUGUGAAUAUUUUAGCCGUGUCCCAGCUCAUGAUAAAAAUGAGUUAUCCUAUAGAGCACGGGAAAUUUUUAAUAAGUUUUUGAGCAGCAAGGCCACUACCCCAGUAAACAUUGACAGCCAAGCACAGUUGGCCGAUGACAUUCUUAAUGCCCCACAUCCGGACAUGUUUAAGGAGCAGCAACUUCAGAUUUUCAAUUUGAUGAAAUUUGAUAGCUACACAAGAUUCCUAAAAUCCCACCUGUAUCAGGAAUGUAUGCUGGCGGAAGUAGAAGGUCGUUCCUUACCUGACCCUCAGGAGAUUCCCAGCAGCCCUGCAUCUAAACAUAGCAUCAGUUCUGAGCGCUCCAACAUCUCAACACCUAAAAAGCUGUCCAGUAAAAAAAGCAAGUCCGGAAGAUCCCUGAAUGAGGAUUCUGGAGAAGAAGAUAAUGAUAGGAAGAAGAAGGGCACAUUUUUCUCUUGGUCUAGGAGCAAAAGUAUGGGGAAGUCUCAAAAGAAAAAAGAUAAUGGGGAUUUUUCUAAUGAUUGCUCCCUUAUAAAUGGUGGGUCUGGUAAGCGACGGGAAUCACAAGGCUCAGUGUCGUCUUCAGCAAGUCUUGAGCUGAUUCAUUGUGGCACUAAUGGAAAUGUGCAUGAGUUUGAGUCGUCAAGGGUGUCGUCUUCUGCAACGGACAAGGAGAAAUCCCCCAAACACUGUUAUAUCAGUCUUCCAGAUGGAUCUUCCUGUGCCAUGGUUGUUAAAUCUGGCUUCUCCAUUAAGGAAAUACUGUGCGGCUUGUGUGAGAAACAUGGAAUUAACAUAGCAGCAGUAGAUCUUUUUUUAGUCGGAGGGAAUAAGCCGCUUGUUCUCAGCCAAGACAGCAGCAUUUUAGAAUCUCGGGAUCUAAGAAUAGAAAAACGUACAUUAUUUCGGUUGGAUCUUGUACCAAUUAACAGAUCUGUGGGUCUUAAAGCCAAACCUACCAAGCCUGUAACAGAGGUGCUGCGGCCAGUUGUGGCUAAAUAUGGACUGAAUCUGGAUGACAUGGUGGCAAGGCUUAGUGGGGAGCAGGAACCGUUAGAUCUAGGUGUUCCCAUAUCUAAUCUGGAUGGUCAGCGAGUUGUAUUAGAGGAAAAAGACAAUUACAAAGGAAGAGAAAAGCAAAAAGCUCCAACAUUAAAGCAAAAUCCUACUAUGAUCAGCAAUUCCAGGAACAAUGCAUCAACGGUAGAAGACAGACCGCUGGUAAAGUCGUCUUCUAUAAGAAUGAAGGGAGAGAAUGGAAAAAGCCCAAGAGAUGCUCGGAUGUUGAGGAAAGAAGAAGCAGUCUUAAGAGUGGGUAGGAAAAAACAGCAGAGAAUAAAUCUGGAUGAAGCUGAAGAGUUUUUUGAGCUCAUAUCAAAAGCUCAGAGCAACCGUGCUGAAGAUCAACGUGGUCUUCUUCGGAAAGAGGACUUGGUUCUCCCAGAUUUUCUUCGUUUAACUCCAAUUGAAAAAAACACAGUGUCUACAGUGUCUACAGCAACUGUAAAGGUUAAUGAAAGAAAGACUAGAAGGAAAGAUGGCUUGGAUAAAACAAAUAACUGUUCUGGCAUGUUUCAUGCUUCAAAAUCAGAGUCACCACCAGGUUUUACAGAUAAACAUACUAAAUCAAGUGACUUUAUUCCACCAGUUGGUAGAAGACCCUAUGUUCCUUUUCAUGCCCCUUUGUCACCAAUAGCACACAUACAAGAAAGAAAUUUACCCUCCCGGGAGAAGCUUUCAAGAGACUUGCCUUCUGAAAAUAUUCAGACUAUAGAGGAUGAGAAUGUAGCAGACUUAACACUAGUGGCCGAAGGAGACAUUAAUAGUCCUAAUAGCACUUUAUUACCACCUUCACCAACUUCACCAUAUGAAAUGAGUAAACUAUCAGAGGCCAACGUUUCACCCACUGCUCCAUUCUCGGGUAUUCAAGAUAAUUCGGGAUAUCAGAGAUCAGGUAGCUGUGGAAAGAACAAAAUAUUGUCACGGAGCACCGAGAGUUUCUGGGAGAAUUCUCCUGUCUAUUCCAAGGAUAACAGAGAACUCAAAUCUGCUGACAGACAUAAUCGUUCAGCUAAUCCCAUUCCAGCCAGUAGUAUUAUUGAUGUUGAUGGAGUUCAACAGGAAAGCAGAAAACAAUGUCCAAGAGAGGAUAUGGACUGUAGUUUUGAGGGUUAUGUUUCCGAGCUAAAGACUUGUAAAGGCCGGAUGAGGACAGGUGUAUAUAAGACCUCUGACCUUCCUUCAAUGGUAACUGCAAAGAAUGAAAGAAGUAAAGACUCGGACGUGGCGUACAAAGCCACGUUUGUGUAGGACAUCUUACCAAAUCCAUAUGGCUUAUAUACUUACCAGUGAUGUUUGUUGGGCAAUCCAUGAAACAACCAGCAUAAAAACUCUAAUUUUGCACAUUUCCGGGAUCUUAGGUGAUUUUGACUUGACUACAAAAUAUUAUAUGUAUUAUUCAUGCAAGAAAGAAUAUUAGUACAUGGCAUUUUUUUUGCCAACAUACCUUUUAAUAAAUAUGAUUUUUAUUUUAUUUUAUUUAGGACAUAAGGACUUUGAUUUUACAGUAUUACCACUACAUUAUUACUCUGAUAAGCAUGUAAUACCCAACACUGGUGCCUUGUGGGUAAGGACCAAAGCAUUUAUGCUCAUGUGUGGAAUUUAUUGAAGCUUUCAAUACAUUUAUUUGCAGUAAAAAACAUGUAUUAAAUGAUAACUCAUAGAAAACUUUUUUUUGUAUAAUGUGGCACUUUCACAGCACAUUUGUUGAUGAAGAAUUGUGUUGGAUUUACAUAUUUAUCAUGAAAUGUACAUUUUAAGAGUUGUUGAGUAAAUGUAAUGCACUUUUACAUCCUCUGAUUGGAGAUAUUUUUUAUUUUUUAAUGUCACACAUUUCAAUAAAAACAAUAGUUUUGCUUAAUCUAGAUUUGAGGUAACCAUGCAACUUCCAUGUUAAUUUCACUGAUCUGGUGAUAAAAUUAAAUUAUUUUGUAGACUAAA